AUGGCGCAACCAACUCAAUCAAUAAAAUGCGUGGUAACUGGCGACGGUGCCGUGGGGAAGACUUGUUUGCUGAUAUCCUACACCACCAAUGCAUUCCCUGGCGAAUACAUUCCCACAGUCUUUGACAAUUACUCCGCCAGCGUCAUGGUAGAUGGGAAGCCCGUUUCCUUGGGACUAUGGGAUACUGCCGGUCAGGAAGAUUAUGACAGAUUGCGACCACUAUCAUACCCUCAAACAGACGUCUUCCUCAUAUGCUUUUCCAUCGUUUCACCGCCGAGCUUCGACAACGUCAAAGCAAAGUGGUACCCCGAAAUUGAACACCACGCUCCUAAUGUACCUAUUAUCCUUGUUGGGACAAAGCUAGAUUUGAGGGAAGACAAAGCAACAGCGGACAAUCUGAGGGCGAAAAAGAUGGAACCUGUGUCUUAUGAGCAAGCCCUGGGGGUAGCUAAAGAGAUCAAAGCAGUCAAAUAUCUGGAAUGUUCGGCACUCACACAGCGAAAUCUGAAGAGUGUCUUCGAUGAAGCCAUCAGGUGGGAGACUUCUCCAUAUGUGCAAGACAGCCGUCCUCAACCCUCGACCUACGACAACCAAGAAGAAGUCGAGGUGUUCCAUCCUCUAGUCGUCUUCGGAGCACGGUUCUGGAUUGGGGUUAUCUGGGAUUUUGCCUUGUUUCUGACUCGGGAUGCAUCGCAAAAGGUGGUUAUAGACUUCAUCUGCGUCGCUGCUUCCUGGUUCCCAUACAAUUUUGCCUUACUUCUCCUAGGCCAGCCUCUGUACACACACCAGACACGGUUGGCCUGGGAGCGAUCUCACGCAUACGAAUAA